CAAAGCCAGACAAAUCCUCUUCCGUCGCCGCCGCCGCCGCCGCAAGUCUCGUCGGAUAAGCCUUAAAUGGAGACGCAGAAAACUCAAGCUGAAAACCCGCCAAAACCGGCCACGUCUUCAUGUCGAAAGAAGACAAAGGAUGAUGCCAAUUUCCUAGAAGACGUCAAGGAUCACAUCGAUGAUUUCAUUAAUGCUUCCAUGGAUGAUCACAAGAACUGUUUCAACAAAACCAUCAAGAAGAUGUUUGGGUUGUCAAAGGCUGUUGCGGAUAAGCAGCAAAGUGAGGCUAAAGGAGGAGUCGAGAGUUAUUUGCCUCUUCAGACAACAGUCUCAGAUUAGAGAAACUGAUGAUAGAAUCAAGCUAACAAGAUCUUGUUUCGGUUUACUUUUUGUUGGUUUGUUUCGGUUACCAUUGUUUAGGGAGAUAUGCCCAUUUAUAACAGUAAUAAAGAUGACAAUUUGUUAUUGGUGGAUAGCUAAAACAUAACAUGUCUUUACUUUG